AUGAGUUCCGGAAGACGCCAGAGCAGUGCGACCGGUGCUCCUCCCCCAGCUAACCAGAAGAAACGACUUAUCGUCUGCUGCGAUGGCACCUGGAUGAACUCGGACAAAGGAUGGGAAAAGGGCAAGCCUCAACCUCCAUCCAAUGUCACUCGUCUGGCCCGGUCCUUCAACCGUGGCUGCUCGGAUGGCUCAGUUCAGGUCAUCAACUACCAAUCUGGCGUUGGAACCGGGAGCACGAUGGCGGACGCCUUUUCUGGCGGCGCGUUCGGCAAUGGCGUUGCAGAGCACAUUCGUGAAAGCUACUCAUUCAUAUGCGGCAACUACGUUGAUGGCGACGAAAUCAUCCUUAUCGGCUUCUCUCGUGGCGCCUUCACCGCUCGAAGCAUCGCUGGCAUGAUUGGAAGUCUCGGCCUCCUUACCCGCGAAGGCAUGGAGUACUUCUUCCCCAUUUUCAAAGACAUGCAGAAUUGGCAGACCAAGAAUUACAAGGAUCUUUAUCCAGGUGUUCCUUUUGACAACAAACCCAGGGGGGAGCACGCGGCGGAAGAUUACCGGCACCUGCUUAUCGAAAAUGGUCUCACACGAGUUUUUGAAGGUGGCGGCACUGGCAAGCUCAUCACAAUCAAGGCAGUUGCAGUCUUCGAUACCGUGGGCAGUCUCGGAGUUCCCUCAAUCGCAUGGAUGAAGAAGCUCGGGAUUGAUCACACAACCUCUGAGCUUCGGUUCUACGACACAAAAUUAUCGGAUCGCAUUGAGAAUGCUUUCCAUGCAUUAGCCCUGGAUGAGCCGAGGCCGCCUUUCAGUCCUUCGGUCUGGGAGCGCCCUGCUUCCAACAAGGGUGUCACCAACUUGAAGCAGGUCUGGUUCCCAGGCAAUCAUGGCAACGUUGGUGGAGGUUGGCCCGACCAGGGUAUCGCAAAUAUGACCAUGGCCUGGAUGAUGGAUCAGCUCGUCAGUAUGGGCGUCGAGUUUGACAACGGUUCUCUCCGUCGGCUUCUACAAGACACGGAGAGAUAUUACCGCGACCAUCCCUCAGCAGCCGCGCUUCCAACCAAAGAACCACCCAAGGCAAAGGGAAAACCCCCGAAAAUCAUCGCAAUGGCCACUAGCGUCGUACCCGAUAGCCUCAAGGCAAAAGCCUCACAAGCCACAAAAGUGCUGCCUACAACCUAUUUCAAAUGGGCUGUUGAUCCCAUUCUUGAAGGCAAUCACCCUGUGCGACCAUGGGCCACGGGCGCCAUUCUCCGAGCUCAUAGUCCAAUGUACACACUCGCGGGAACCAUCACCCGCUCUCCUGGCAUGUACCAUAAGCUCAACGCCUACAAUGGCAAAGAGUUGCCCGAAUAUCUAGAGGAUACAUGCGAGCAGAUCCACCCUUCGGCGCGCAUCCGCCUUGCUAUCAAAGGUCUUGGUUACGACGACAAGAAGCAAUGGAAUGCGUCCGCCCUCAGCGACUCUGGCUGGGAGCUUGCCAAGAAGACGAACGGGGAUUGGGUCUGGGUGUACGAGGGCAAGGAGGACCUACCCAAGAAGGUGCUUGAGGAGUCAGAACUGGGAAAUUACGAGAAGAAGAUGCUGGAGCUGGCGGGUGGAUAUCCGCACAUUGUGGAGUUUGUUGACAAUAUGUCAUUGGAAGACUUUCAACAGAUCACGAGCAGGAAGACCUCUGUGGCGCCGAGAUUGAUCGAGGCCUGA